UCGGGAGGCGCCGGAAGCACCGGGAGCCGCCGCAUGGCGCGGGCGGGGAGCGCCGACCCGGGGGUCGGGGGCCAUUGGGCCGCGGGGCCGGGGUGCGCGCCUUGGCGCUGGGCCCUGGCGCUGCUGUGGCUGGCGACGGCCGCGGGCGGCCCCUCCCGGCGCCAGUGGCCCGUGCCCUACAAGCGCUUUUCCUUCCGUCCAGAACCAGAUCCUUAUUGUCAAGCUAAAUACACAUUUUGUCCAACUGGCUCACCUAUCCCAGUUAUGAAAGGUGAUGAUGUCAUUGAAGUCUUCCGGUUACAAACCCCAGUAUGGGAAUUUAAAUAUGGGAACCUCCUGGGACACUUGAAAAUUAUGCAUGAUGCCAUUGGAUUCAAGAGUACUUUAACUGGCAAGAACUACACAAUGGAAUGGUAUGAACUUUUCCAACUUGGAAACUGUACAUUUCCCCAUCUCCGACCUGAAAUGAAUGCCCCUUUCUGGUGCAAUCAAGGCGCUGCCUGUUUUUUUGAAGGGAUUGAUGAUAUCCACUGGAAGGAAAAUGGGACUUUAGUUCUGGUAGCAACCAUAUCAGGAAACACAUUUAACCAAAUGGCAAAGUGGGUAAAGCGGGACAACGAAACAGGAAUUUAUUACGAGACGUGGACUGUGCAAGCCAGCCCAACAAAGGGGGCGGAGACAUGGUUUGAAUCCUAUGAUUGUUCUAAAUUCGUGUUAAGGACAUAUAAGAAGUUGGCUGAACUUGGAGCAGAGUUCAAGAAGAUAGAAACCAACUAUACAAGAAUAUUUCUUUACAGUGGAGAACCUACCUACUUGGGAAAUGAAACCUCUAUUUUUGGGCCGACAGGAAAUAAGACUCUUGCUUUAGCCAUAAAAAGAUUUUAUUACCCCUUCAAACCACAUUUAUCAACUAAAGAAUUUCUGCUCAGUAUCUUGCAAAUUUUUGAUGCAGUGAUUAUACACAGAGAGUUUUAUUUGUUUUAUAAUUUUGAAUAUUGGUUUUUACCUAUGAAAUUUCCUUUUAUUAAAAUAACAUAUGAAGAAAUCCCUUUACCUAAAAGAAAUGAAACACUUUCUGGUCUAUAACA